UCAAAGAUUAUCAGCAAGGAAGGUGGACUGCUUUUGAAAGACAACUUUGAGGGAGGGGCUACAUGGGCGUACGAGGUUGGCUCACAAUCAAUGGUUUGCCCUAUUAUAGUUGAGGAUCUGAACCAUCCUCGUCAGAUGCUAGUGGAGAUGCUUUGCGAGGAACGAGGUUUCUUUCUGGAAAUAGCUGAUUUAAUCAGAGGAUUAGGCUUAACUAUACUAAAGGGGGUAAUGGAAGCAAGAAAUGACAAAAUCUGGGCUCGUUUCGCCGUUGAGGCGAAUAGGGACAUAACAAGGAUGGAAAUAUUUAUGUCGCUGGUUCGGCUUUUGGACCAAACGGUGAAGGGAAAUGUGUCUUCAUCGAAUGCAGGUGACAAGAACAUGAUGGCAUAUCAGUCUUUUCCGCAAGCUACCCAGAUUCCGGCAACUGGUAGGCCUAGUAGUUUGCAAUGAACCACCCACCAGGAGCUACGUACGGUUUCUUGGCAUGGAUGUGUUGAGAGCAAGUAUGAUAUGCGCUACGCUUGCAAUGACUAACAUCAAAUCCAAUCCAUUCCAAUCCGAUCCAAAGUUUUCUGGUGGUGUUAACUUCUAACUGUUCCCUAUCUCAUAUCUGAUAAUGCUAAGUUAGUGAAGAGCACCUCAGAAUUAAUAUGUACUCUCCCAUAUUGUAACUGUUUCCACAUGUUCCCUCCAACAUGUGAUGCUAUUAGUGAACUCUUAG